GGGGGUAGCGCGGAAACAGAUGGCGGAUCCUCCUGCAGAUUCUGGCGGCGGUAGAGGUGUCGGCUUCGGCGGUGGAGCAGCAGCAGCAGCGGCGGCGGCGGCGGCGGCGGCGGCGCAGCAGGGCCCCACGGUGCAGGUGGCCGACAUCUGCUUGCCGAAGGGGGCUCUCCCUCUGCGGCUUCUGGAGUGGAAAGUCAAACCCGGCUCCCACGUCAACCUGGACUCCGUGCUAGCGCUCUGCGCUCCGAUACCCGCGGAGAAGGGGGCAGAGGUUGCCAGGCAGCCGGAGAGAAAGGUGAAAUCGGACCGUUCCGGAGUAGUCAAGGAGCUAUGCUGUCAACUCGGGCAAGUCAUACCUCCCGGGGGCGUCGUCGUCAGAAUAGAAGAAUGCAGCCAUCCAAUAGUAAUGAAGGGUUUAUGUGCUGAAUGUGGCCAAGACCUGACUCAGCUGCAAGGCACAAAUGGGAACCAGCAAACUCCCAUCUCCACAGCAACCGUCUCCAUGGUGCACAGUGUCCCCGAGCUGAUGGUCAGCUCUGAGCAAGCAGAAGAGCUGGGAAGAGAAGACCAGCAGAGGCUCCACCGGAACCGAAAGCUGGUCCUGAUGGUGGAUCUGGAUCAGACGCUGAUCCACACCACAGAGCAGCACUGCCAGCGCAUGUCCAAUAAGGGUAUUUUCCACUUCCAGCUCGGGCGAGGGGACCCGAUGCUCCACACGCGACUGCGGCCGCACUGCAAGGCGUUCCUGGAGAAAAUCGCCAAACUCUACGAGCUGCACGUCUUCACCUUCGGGAGCCGCCUUUAUGCACACACCAUCGCCGGUUUUCUGGAUCCCGAAAAGAAGCUGUUCUCUCAUCGGAUCCUUUCCAGGGAUGAAUGCAUCGACCCUUUCUCCAAGACGGGAAAUCUUAGGAAUCUUUUCCCGUGCGGCGACUCCAUGGUCUCCAUAAUCGACGACCGGGAGGACGUGUGGAAGUUCGCGCCAAAUCUCAUCACCGUGAAGAAAUACAUCUACUUCCAGGGCACCGGGGACAUCAACGCCCCCCCCGGGUCGCGGGAAGCCCAGAUGGCAAAGAAAGCUGGAGGCCCGUUGGGUCGCCCGGCGGAGAGCGCAGAGGCCGCGGGGACGCCGAACGCCGACGAGCAGAGUAACGGCGACAGGAAACGGGCGAAAGACGCCAGCCUCCUUCCCGGGAGGGAGGAGUCCACGGCGGCGACGGCGGAGGCAUCUUCUCAGGGAACACAGGCGAACGAACGGACACACCUCACAGAGGCGGAGGAGGACGAGUCGGGGAAGGGUCGAGGGUCAGAGGCGGAGCCUGGGGCGGCAGCGGCGGCGAGGGAAACUCGGGUGGGCGACGGGAAGCUCGCGAAGGAAGACGAAAGCAACAGGACACUGGAGACACGGGAGGCGGAGGGCGGCGCCGGCUCCUCUGCGCCGAGCCACGAGUCCAACAACCUGGACUUUGAUCUUUCUAGCGACAGCGACAACGACUCCGCCGCCGAGAGGCCUCCCUCAUCAGAGAGCGACGGGGAAGCCAAGUCGAGCCGGGCGAAGAAGCCCGGGCGGGAAGGAGUCCCGCCGGGCGCCGGGGACGGAGACGAAGAAGGCCGGCGUGAAGGGGACAACGGACGCGAGGCGGCAGAACCGUCGGGAGUUCUUCCCCCCGACCCCGAGCUGGGAAACGGCUGCUCGGACAGGACGGAGCCGGAGACGGAGUCGCAGAAUAGCGAGCAAUCCGGGGUCACCAUGGGGGAGGAGCUUCUGGACCAGAGCAUGGAGGACGAAGAGGAGGAGGAGCAGCAGGAGGAGGAGGAGGAGGACGUCGACCAGGACGAUCACCUGAUCUACCUGGAGGAGGUGCUGGAGAGGAUCCACGCGGAGUACUACGCGCGCUACGAGGCCUACCUGAGGAAGGAGGCCGCCGAAACGCCGGACAUCCGCAAGAUCGCCCCGGAGCUGAAGGGCAAGACGCUGGAGGGCACGACGCUGGUGUUCAGUGGCCUCUACCCGACCAACUACCCCAUGGAGAGGACCCGCGAGUUCUACCACGCCAAGGCACUCGGCGCCAAGAUCGCCAAGAACCUGGUCCUGAACGCACAGGACGCCGGUCGGACGACGCAUCUCAUCGCAGCGAGAGCCGGCACCGAGAAGGUCCGUCAGGCGCAGGGCUGCAGGCACCUCCACGUGGUCAGCCCCGACUGGCUGUGGAGCUGCCUGGAGCGCUGGGAGAGGGUGGAGGAGCAGCUGUACCCGCUGAGGGAGGACUGCUCCAAGACGCCGCGGAGCAUCAGUCCGGCGGCGUUCCCGGACACUCAGGGCUCCCCGCAGACGCACGUUUUCCAGCCGGCCCCCGUCCACAGCAGACCGGCGGCCCCCGAGGUCCGGACCUACGACCCCGUCACGGGGAAGCUGAUCCGGAGGGGCCCUCAGGCGCCGCGGCCGGCGUCCUACCUGCAGGGGUCCUCCGGAGAGCAGCCCGGUCUCAGGGGAACUUCACAGCGGCAGCAGGACGAGGCGGGGGGGUCCAGCCGGGACGACGAGCAGCCGGGGCCGUCUCGUCGCAAACGCCAGCCGAGCAUGUCAGAAAGUAUGCCUCUGUACCUACUCUGCAAGGAGGACCUGGACAGCAUGGACAGAGAGGUGGAUGACAUCUUGGGCGAGGAGAGCGACAACGAAAGUGAGGGCCGAGGGAAGGAGGCGGCGGGCAGAGGGGAGCGGCGGUCAGGAGCUGGAGGGACGGCGAGAGGCGGAGCACCAGGAGGAGCAGGAGAGCCCUGUCCCGAGGCCAUGAGCGUGGAGGAGGCCGUCCAGACACCCUCCGGCGAGGACAACGUGACGAGGGGCCACAAACGUAAGCACGACGAAGCCCAGGAGGAAGAGGAGGACGGGAAGGAGGAAGAGGAGGAGGAAGAGGGAUCUGCCGACGAGUCUUCUAAAGACUCCAACGAGGAGGGAGGGGGCAGCAGCUCGGAGGCGGACGAGAUGGCCGCGGCCUUGGAUUUGGAGCUCAAUGACUUCAUGUGACGUGGAGAAUGAUGGGACUCUUUCACAGCAAAAGGACGACGACAAAAACAACUUAAGAUCUGAAGUGGUACCUUUAAAAAAAAAAAAAAAAUACUAUUUUUCUGCUUUGGAUGUACGAGGCACGAACGUGUGCUGCCACAAAAAACGAAUGUCCUGUACAGAGAUGACGCGCUGCCGUGUAAAUAGAGGUUUUUUUUUUUUUUUUCGUAGCAUCGACGUACGGCCUUUUUGGCAGAACAUUUUUGGAUGUUUAACAUUUUAUUGUAAGAUAACAACCCGUAUGAGGCAUCGAAUUUGAUACUUUUUUUGGUUUUACUUUUUUUCUAUCUCAAUUUUUAUAUUGAUGAGGAAAAAAGACAAAUGAAAUGACGUAAACGGUCGUACAUGCCAAAGAGUUUGGAGUCGGUUUGCCACGGCGUGCAGCUAAGUAUUUUACUCUGGAUUUCCAGUUUUAUUCUUUGUGUUUUGUUUUUCGUUGUUUGUUCGGGUCAUAAAUGCCACCAGCGGAUCGAGACGUUU